CUCAGUCGCUAGGCCUCUGCGAAGGCCUCCGCCUCCGGGGCCUGGCCUGCUGCCUCCUCCCUCCCGCCCCCGCAGCCAUGGCGGAGGUGGAAGACGGAGAGGAGCCCGGAGCCUCGGCCUCCCACCCGGGCUCCCUCUCGGCCUCCAAGGCGGGCGGCGGCGGCGGUGGCGGCGGCGUGGAGAAGAUGUUCUCCCUGAAGAAGUGGAACGCCGUGGCCAUGUGGAGCUGGGACGUCGAGUGCGACACCUGCGCCAUCUGCAGGGUCCAGGUCAUGGAUGCCUGUCUUAGAUGUCAAGCUGAAAACAAACAAGAAGAUUGUGUUGUGGUCUGGGGAGAAUGUAAUCAUUCCUUCCACAACUGCUGCAUGUCACUGUGGGUGAAACAGAACAACCGUUGCCCCCUUUGCCAGCAGGACUGGGUGGUCCAGAGAAUAGGCAAAUAAAUCCACUGGCUGUUUUUCUGUUGAACUUCUUUGAAAAGUUAAACAACUGAUGUCAUAUUUCCCAUAUGAAAGAAAGGAAGAGUCACAAUGUGCAGAGUCAGUUAUAGUUAGAUCUGCAGACCCAUAGAGUUCUGUGGAUCUGAGUUGGAAACCUUUAUGUUGGUUUACUAGUUUGUUGAGUCAGUCUUCAGUUUGGUUUCAUCAGAAACAUGUGUAUGUUCACAGCACUUAAGAAUGUGUCUGAGCAUUUAGUGCAAGCAGUGUACAUUCAUAUACCAGUUCUUUAAAUCUUUGAAGUCCACAGUUAAUUGAUGGUUCAAAGCAGUUCCAGCUUGAACUCUCACUACAUGUUUCUCAAGAUUGAAGUACAGUAUUUAACUCAAAUAAAUAAUUGUUGAUAAAGCA